GUAGGGGCUGAGCCCCUGGGGCUGCAACUCAGGACUUGUGCCCAACCGCAGUCUUCGAGCUGCUUCCUAACAGGCUGCGGGCGUGGGACAAGCAUGGGGACGCCCACCUGACACGAUCCAGGCCGCGGAGUGCAUCUCCAUAGACAGCCGGAAGGGACGGGCAAAGACUUGGCUCCCACCGCAGCCUCAUUGUAGCUUUCGUCAACCCUCUCCAUCACCGGCCUCGGUCCCCCGCCACAGGAACCAGCUCUAAGGGGCUACUUGGCUUCUGAUUUAGGCUCCGGGCAAGAAGGCCUGGCUGUAGGAUCGUUAGAUGACCAAGAGAUGAACUGUAGGGCGCCUCAGAGACUGUCUGCUCAGUGGACAGUGCAGACGCUAAGAGAGAGGUGUGUGGCAAGACUCUGGCUGUCGCCAUCUUUCUGAGGCUGUCCCUGACACCUGAACACAAGGAGGUGGGGGAUGCUGAUGGUACAGCGGUUAGGGCAGGGAUCCAGCACUAAGGGACACAGGAACCGCCAGAACUGGUGCUCGAUAGAAGAUGGGUGACCCAGAGUCAGAUUUCAACCUUAAAGUUGUCCUGGUCAGCUUCAAGCAGUGUCUUACUGAAGACGGGCAAGUGCUGAUGGACCAUUACAUCACCAGCUGGAAGGGGCUAGUCAGGUUUCUGAACAGCCUGGGAACCAUCUUCUCAUUCAUCUCCAAGGACGUGGUCUCAAAGCUGCAGAUAAUGGAAGGUCUGAGGAACAGCCCACAGUGUGAGCACUACACCAGCUUACAGUCCAUGGUCGCCUACGAGGUGGGCAACAAGCUGGUAGACAUAGAUCGCCGCUCCCGGCCCCGAUACCCUAACUCAGGCUGCCGGACUGUGCUGCGCCUGCACCGUGCUCUGCGCUGGCUGCAGCUGUUCCUCGAAGGCCUGCGCACCAGCCCCGAGGAUGCUCGUACCUCCACGCUCUGCAGUGAUGCCUAUAACACCACACUGGCUACCUAUCACUCCUGGAUCGUACGUCAAGCUGUCACUGUGGCCUUCUGCGCCCUGCCCACACGCAAGGUCUUCCUCGAGGCCAUGAAUGUGGGCUCUUCUGAGCAAGCAGUGGAGAUGCUGGGAGAGGCCCUGCCCUUCAUUGAGAAUGUGUAUGACAUCUCCCAGAAGCUCUACGCUGAGCACUCCCUGCUAGAUCUGCCCUAAGGGUGCUUCCCCUACUCAGGACUGGGCUUGGGGAACCUGGGACCUCUCCCACAGCAGUGCUUUCCGGAUGCUGCUGUCCCCCUGAAAGCUGGGCUUGUCGAGGGCCACGGGCUGUGAAGAGAAAGGCAGCGGCGGCUGAACCAAGUGAGGUGGGUGGUGGCUGUGCUCUUGGUCCAGGACAAGACCAUUGAACUCCAUUUUCGCCCUCUGCUUCAGUUAUGUGUGUGUUCAGUCAGGCCUUGUUGAAGGUAGAUGGCACAUGGAGACGGUGGGGGAGGAGGGCCGUGUUCUACCUCCCAUGUGUGGAAUCUGAAUGGUAUAAGGGCACAGGACCCUGGAACUGAGGUUCUGUCUCCCCCACAGUCAAUAUGCCCGGUUGAUGCGUAUCCUUCCUGUGCCCAUCUUGAACCUAAGACAUGGCAUCCGUGCCAGACAAACAGCUCUGGGCCUACAUGCCUGGGUCCCCUUCAUAUUCCAGAAGCUGUCCUUGGGUAAGAGGAGGCUCCUUUGGCAGUGACGUGAACACCGAAGACCCCUUUCCUUGCCCUUCACCUGCCUCCUUGUUAGCCUCUCUGCGUAUCAAACAGGCCCUUGUCUCCUUGGAAAUGGAGACCACUGAAACUGCUAGCUGAGACUCCCCAGGAAAGCGUGCUCCUGUCAGUGCAGCCUGCUUCACAGCUUCUGAAAUACAGUAUCAGCCUUCAGAAGGUGGCCUCCCCUAAGACUCUAAAAUAAAAUGUCAGUACGAAUUGGCCAAA